AUGCCAACUGACGCUGUUGAUACAGCUCAUAGAUUGAGUAAGGCACCGCUCAAUUUGACUCAAUUGAUACAAAGUGGGCGCAUCAGAUUGAAUGUAUCAGUAGACAUAUUUUUGGUGCCACUAAUUAUAUAUAAAGUUACACAUCAUUUACGCAUUAAUAACUCGUAUUUACAUGUAUCAUUAAUGGCAGCAAUUAUGCAGUUAUUUGUUAUAAAUAAUCUGUUAUUGUGUAUUUUUCCGCCUAUUACCUUGCUAAUUUUUUUUAAAUCGCCAGAAUUGCCCAAGUUUACGCUUUUAUGUGUCAUCCUAUAUAUAAUCUUCGCUAAUAUAGGUUAUGGUAAGCUAAAUAAAUCGGAAAUUUGUAUUAUAUCACAGCUUAUUACUACAUUAUUCUAUAUGGAUGGCAAGCUUGAAUAUGAAAAUUUCACUUUGGUUUUAGUUCAUAAACUCACAUUGAAUAUAACAAUCAUCGUUAUUUUAUUUUCUAUAUUUUUAUAUGCCUUUAAAAGCACGAGUAAAGCCAUUAUGAUAUCGCAAUUGUUUUGGUAUACCACAUGGGAUUGGCUAAUGGCCACUACUCAUGGUAUAACACCGCUUAAAUGGGCCAUAAAGCAAAUAUUGGACAAUAUACCUACAAUAAUCAUUUGGGGUGGAAUAAGUUUCUUAUUUAUAUCGUUUAUGCUGCUAAAACUCAAAUUUAAACGGGAUGGGCUUAUGGUAUCAUCACUGAGGAAGGAUAUACACUUUCUACUAUCUUCAAUCGUUAUCGUGUCAAUGUACUUAAACAAACUACAAUUGGUAAUAUUGGCUCUAGACUCUGUGUUGUUGAUAUUUUUGUUGGUGGAAAUGAUUCGAUAUGCAAAAAUUCAAAUCGUAACUGAGAAAUUGCAGCAUCUGCGUAUCUUCUACAACGAGAGAGACAGCGAUGAGCUACUUUUUAUUCACAUAUUCCUUAUAAUAGGGUUAAUGGUGCCACUUAUAACUAGCUUGAUUUUAGGCAAAGGUGGUAUAUUUAACAAAUGGAUUUUGGGGUGCCUCGGGGUAUACGCAAUUGGCCUAGCAGAUUCAAUGGCUUCGAUAAUUGGUGGGAAAAUUUUUAGUCCUGUAUUACCUCUGUCACACACUAAGACAAUUUGUGGAUCUAUUUCCUUUUUUACCGUAUUAUUCAUAUCUAUAGCUACUGCCAGUUAUAUUAACAGAUGCUUUAAUGCCAUGAAUACGUUAAUAAUAGCUUUUAUUAGCACUUUAUAUGAGGCAUAUAGUGAUUCUGCUGAUAAUUUGACUGUUCCGCUAAUUUCCACACUCACAUUGUUAUAUUUGGGGGAUAAAUAG